AUGGAGAGAUCCGAAACGGCAAUCAUCUCUCCGUUGCGGCUGACUGAAGAAUCUGGGAACGACAGGCGGCCCAAGGAUCCACCAUGGAUAGAGGAGGAUGAGAGGACCAAGCUCCAAAUUCAAGAUAAAGACGCCUUAAGUCUCAAAGUCAAACGACUACAGGCAGCAUUGAAGCAGAGGACAGCAGAACAAUUCCAAAGGAUGCGAAGUCUCGAGGAGACCGAACGGCAAAACCAAGUGAUGGAAGAAGGUCUCAAACGGUUUCAGUCCACCCUAGUUUCUGUGCAAGCGCGACUUCAAGACUUGCAAAGCGAAGUCAAGUCCCUGCGGGGUCAGAUGGAGGAGAUUUCAGGGAAACUCUUGGCCGGUAGCGUCGACAGAUAG